AUGAUUGGGAUCGUUGGGCUGCACCAGAAGUCGGUCCGAGAACGUGCUUUUCCCACGAGCAUUUUGGAGAAAGGCUUAGAGGUGAAGAUUGAAGAAGCAAGUGCCACUGAGCAGAAAGAUAGAGUGAGGAUCCUUAACAGCAUCGCUUUUCCUCGUUUGGAGACUCAAGAGCUAGAAGAUUCGCAGUCAAACCCCUUAGCGCAUCCAAACUACGAGCGUGUAGAUAAAGCUCUUGCUUCACAUUUUGCUUUGGCAAGUUGGCAUGGCUUCGUUUGGCAAGGGAAACAAACAGAAGCCCUUGCAAGGGCUUUGCGGUUGGAUGAUGGUCGAAAGGUGGUGCAACUUUCUUUCACCGGCUGCCAGCAUUUCUCGGACAAUGAGCUUAAACGUCUCCUGGAGAACCUCCCUGGUGAUCUGAGAGUCUUACGUUUGGAUUUAGGCUUUUCUGGCCUGAAGACUUGGGAUUUUGUGAAGAUAGAUCGUUUGCCAUUCGUAAAAUCAUUGGAUCAACUGGAGUUGCGCUUCACUGGCUCAUCAUCAUUUCGAAGUGCAGCAGGCCUUGCAGACUUGCUGCGAGAGAUGGAGAACCUCAUGGACCUGGAACUCUGGUUCAUGAAUUUACCGGAAUUGGAGGAGCUGGGAUCUUUGAACACAGCCUUUCUCUCCUUGAGGAACCUGGAGAGUUUGGUUUUUGAUCUCAGUGGAUGCGGCCAAGUCUUACUGGAAGUCAGGACAGAGCUGCAGCAAAGCAUCAGGUCUUUGAAAUGGCUGAGAGGUAGCAGCUUGGAUCUCUGGAUAAACAUUGAAGGCUUACCAAGUCGCCGGUGUGGGCUUCGAUUUUGUCCGAGGAGCUUCCAGUGGCUCUACUUCUGGUGCUCAUGUGUCUUUCGGUGGCUACAACAAGUUAGUGUCAGGUUGACUCGGCUUCCCUUCACUCGAGUCACGCCGCAGCUGCGGCGCAGUUUCGAAGCCACCAGAUUUGGUAGGGCUUACACCAGUGAAGCUGAAGAGACAGAAGAUACCGAGACUGAGUUGCGCAGUGUUGGAGAACAGCGAAUGGACAUACUGGAUGAAACUCGACCCUUCCCUUGUAGCCAUUUGACAUGCACCUCCUUUCAUGCUGAGCUGCACGGUUAUUGUGAGAGACACCGCUGGUUAGGCCUUGCCAAGAGGAUAUUUGUUCAAUUGAACACUGGGCGCCAGUAUAUAGAGCUCAGUUUGCUCAUCCUCACGCAAGCUGCAGCCGAGGUAGAAAGCAGACAUUUGCUGCUGCUGAUUAUCAUCAGCUUGUUGCCAGCUGCCUGUUUUAGCAUGUCACAAUCCACAGGAGGACCUGGAACCGUCGCCUUUUUGCUCAUCGUCUUCCUCACUUUGGGCAGCGUUGCUUACACAGCAGCUCGGCUCCAGCGGAUGCAUGAUUUGUCAAAGGAACUGCACGUCCAGGUCGAGUCAAAGUAUGCGAAGCAUUUGCAGAUCAACAUGUCCAGUCUCUUUGGUGGAAAAGAUGGUGACAUCGACAUAGUCCAGCCACGCAUCAGUAGCCUCACAGAACAUUUCAUCGAAGCAAGAGUCCACUUGGACAAAUUCAAAAGAGACAUGCCUGCCACUGCAAGAGUUCCUCCAAACACGUGA